AUGAUCUCGCACUCUGAGUUCGAGCCCCGCGUCGGGCUCUGUGCUGACAGCUCAGAGCCUGGAGCCUGUUUCGGAUUCUGUGUCUCCCUCUCUCUCUGACCUCCCCCAUUCAUGCUGUCUCUCCCUGUCUCAAAAAUAAAUAAACGUUAAAAAAAAAAAUUGAAAUGUGCACCUUAAAGGAGAUUUCCCAGGAGCCAGAGGAGUUGAAUGGGGGACUCUCAGGCCCUGGCUGCUGCUGGGGUGCCUUGGCUCUCUGGAGGAUAUGGCAGGCAGAGUCAAAGCCCCAUAGGGGAAGGGAUGGACAAGGCGGAAAGCCGGAGGUGCUCUCCUCCCCCUGGCAGGGAGUCCCUGCCCUUGCCCUACCUGAAGCAGGAAGAGCUGCACAACAUCCCCAGCUCGGAGCCUCCCUGCCCCGCCUUCCAGUAUGUGCUCUGUGCAGCCACCUCGCCGGCAGUGAAGCAGCAGGAGGAGACCCUCACCUACCUGAACCAAGGCCAGUCCUAUGAGGUGCAGAUGCUCUGCAACCCCAAGCUGGGUGAUACUACCCAGUGGGCCCGGCUGUUGAAGAGUGUGGUGCGUGUGGUUUUCCAUGACCGGCGCCUGCAGUACACGGAGCAGCAACAGCUGGAUGGGUGGAGGUGGAGCCGGCCAGGGGACCGCAUCCUGGACAUCGAUGUGCCACUGUCCGUGGGGGUGAUAGAGCCCCAAGUGCUGCCCUCACAGCUCAACACGGUGGAAUUUCAUUGGGACCCGACCAAGAGGACCUCCCUCUUCCUGCAGGUUCACUGCAUCAGCACCGAGUUCACUCCUCGGAAAAAAGGUGGAGAGAAAGGUGUCCCCUUCCGCCUCCAGAUUGACACUUUCAAGCCCAGUGACAAGGAGCUGCCGCCUGAGCACCUGCACUCAGCUGGCUGCCUCAUCAAGGUGUUCAAGCCCAAAGGAGCUGACCGGAAGCUGAAAACAGACCGGGAGAAGAUUGAGAAACAGCCCCUGCACGAGAGAGAAAAGUAUCAGGCUGCCAGUGAGACUACGGUCUUCCUGGAGUGUUCACCGUGGCCAGAUCCCAGUGCAGGGCCCCACCCGCCUCUCAGCCCUCUUGCCCUCACCUCUCCCCACGCCUGCAAGCUCCUGUCCACGGAGAGGCUCUGCUCCUCCCCACCGUUCGCCUUGGACACUUUGGGGGGCAGCCCCGCUGAGGAUCUGAGCCCUGGAGCCUCCAUCCUAGAGACACAGCAGUGGUUGCACCGGCACCGGUUCUCCAGCUACUGCCGGAUGCUGGCCAACUUCACUGGCACUGAUCUGCUGAAGCUUACCCGCCGGGACCUUAUCCAGAUAUGUGGGGCUGCCGAUGGGAUCCGCCUUUUCAAUACUCUUAGAGCCAGGCCCAUCCGUCACCGGCUGACUUUAUAUGUGGCUCAGGAGGCCUCUAGGCAAGAGAAUGAGGUUCCUAAGAACCCUGACUCAGGCUUUUAUCAAGAGAUCUCUCUAGAUGAACUCAGUGUUGUGGAGCUGAAGGGGAAACUGGCUGAGCUCUUGGCCCUCCCAGCCAAUCAGAUCCACCGCCUUUUCCACCAGGGCCCUGGGGGCAUCCUCAUUCUCCUUGGUGACCAGGUGGUUCAGAAUCUUAAGGAUGAAUCAUACUUUGUGGCUGUGGUGAAAAAAGUGCAGAAUCCAGAUGGCUACUACCUGGUGCUGACCUAGGCCCAGGGACAUCCCAAUGCAAGAGUUGGAGACUGAUGCCAGCCUGGUUCUCUGGAGCCCUGUGUUCACCAGAGGUCUCGUUCAAAUCUUCAGCUGCUUCACCAGGCUCCAGGUGAAGCAUCGUGUACAGCUAGACAGGAGGUGAGCAGCACCCAGGCUCACAUCUCUUCCUGCUCAGCAGCAGUUGUUGGAACCUGGGCACAGCCUCCCAAGCUCAGCUCAGCUGGCCAAGCCUGUGAGGCAUGUAACUUGCCAAUAAGGCGCUUUUGCCCCAAGCAGAGCUGCCUGAACACAGGUACAUCGAUCCAUGCUUAUUUAAAAUUGUAUUCACCAUUUCCUUUUCUUAAAAUUAAAAGUUAAUUUAAAGGUA